CCAUAACAGAUUAUUUGAAAGCGAAUUUUUAACUAAAUUUAAAUCGUCGAAAUGCAUCUCGCCAUAGUUUUACUCUCCUUUGGUUUAUUCUGCUGCAUUAUGGGUGCUGAGGGAACUCGUUGCAACACUGCUUGUACCCGUGAAUACAAUCCCGUCUGUGGGGUCUUACAAAGACGUGGUAGAAGAAUUCAAUGUACAUUCUCAAAUCCUUGUACAAUGAGAGUGCGCAGUUGCAUAGCAAAUGAACGAUGGGUUGGAAGAUCUGGAAUUUGCGCAAUUAAUUCACCAGAAUGUGCUCGAAUUAGAAGGUCAUAAAUAUGUAACAGUGAAUAAUAGUUAAUUUUUUUAAAGAAAAUUUAUAUCAUAAUAAAAUGAUGAAAUGAAAAAUUGUGGAUUUAAAAUUUU